AUGACGGCGGCCAGCCAACAGAACACGACAUGGCGAUUUGAUUGGCUUAUUGCCACCGUGACCUCGUAUCGUGCAGCAAUCAACGCUUUCUUUCGGAAGCGCAAAACACUUGUGAUGUCGGCAGUUCAUUUGCCCAUCCUUCCCGAUAGUGAUCCAUUGAAAGCCACACAGUCGCAACGACGACGAGAAGCAGACGAUGCUCAAUCGACGACCUCUGCUGACUCGGGAAAUGGUUCGUUGAAUAAUAGUUCCAUGCACGAUUCCGUUCAUCCGCAAAUGUGGUCGUCAGCAACCGAACCGAACGAGGAGCAGGCGACACCGUCUCUACUUAGUUCGAUGGAAAAUCAACCUUUAAUCUUGAAGGAGGUAGAUGAAGAAGAAGUACAAGCAAAAGAGGAACGCAAACCCAGUCAGACUUGGCUUCCAAGCCAGUUACUUGGUUCUGAUCUGGCAGCAAGCAAAGGAUCUGUCUGCUCAUCGUCGACGGCACUAUGUCGUAUUUGUCAUACGGAGUGCGAAAAUGCACGAGACCCUUUCGUGUCUCCGUGCCGUUGCUCCGGCAGUCUAUUGUACGUCCACAGGAGCUGCUUAGUGCAUUGGUUGGAGUUGUCCACACGAAAAAUGGUGCCAUCGCCGAGAUGCGAAUUGUGUGGUUAUAACUACAGGCGACGAAAUUGCAUCAAUCUCUCUUCCCUCCAUUUUCCCCACAUAUCAGCAAAGGAUCGUCUACUAAACGCACUCUUUCUCAUCGUAUUUAUCAUAAUGGUGGUGUGUGCAGUACUUUCCAUACAUUUCCUUCAGCUGUCCGAGCAGUAUCACUCAACGUUGAGAGGAUACAGGGUGGUUUCCUCGUCGCUCUCGGAUGACGACGUAACGGUCGUUGUGUGUUCGGUGCUUUUCUUCGCCGCCUUCUUCAUUGCCGUCUUUACUCAAUACCGAGCUGAAGCGUCCGUUUGCCGUGUACUUUUCCGCUGUUGGACAACUAACAGGAACUGGACCAUUCGGCACUAUGACAUUAGAGAUGACCCAGAAAUGUUAGCUCAUCGUCAAGCACGUUUCACCGAAGAUCCCGUCGUGAAGAUAGGACGAUCAUCAGAAGGAACAUCGAAAGUUGAUAAUUGCAUAUCUACUGCAAAUCGACAAUUGCCAAUCACUGUUAUGGAGACGCGAUGA